AUGAGCGAAAGAAGGGGCAAGGAAAAGUCGAGGGUUCUCGGACGCAACGUUACAGUAUCUGAGUGGAAAAAACGUCAGGAGAAGUCAGAUAGACUUUGUGAGGAGGAGCGUCAGGAGAAGCUUUCGCGUCGUCAAGCUGUAGUGGAUCCUCCCCCUCAUAGCCAUGUUUCCCAGCUGAUACCAGGCAUCAACACAUAUGAUGACAUGGUGGAGGUUGACGAUAGCAGUGAUGAUGAGUGUGAUGUGGAGGGUGAUGAUGAGUUGCCUUUUCAUGAGUUGCUUUUCGACGGUCAUCCUGGAGGUGGCUCCAGUGGUCCGGGGCGGGUUCGAGUGAUCAUGUGUCUACUGGCUCGACCCAUGGCAGUACUCUUGUUGGGCCGCUACGCGGCAAGGAUGGGCGUUUUGCUUCGUCCUCUAAUGGGAGCAGGCCUUCACGGAAGAAGAAGAAGAAGAAACCGAGGGACGAGACGUGGCUGCUUACAAAAGAAGCUCCAGGAGGCCCUAGGGAUAUCAGUUUGA